CCAAGGGACAUUCCUUUCCAUUUUCGCAGGAGUUGGAGGAAUGAUAGGUUUGUCAACAGAGAGCAGUCACAUGGUGGUCAAUGUAGAUGGACUGAUGCCACCGGUGCCAUCGCCGCCAGUUAAUGCGGAGGUCGAGAAUAUAAGAGAAGAGUCGACGACGGUGGUUAAUGAUAAGGCAAUCGAUAUUUCAGAGGACGAGGAUCAGGAGAAUGAGCCGCUCAUUGCUUCUGCGGAAUGCCGUAUUUGUCAAGACGAGUGCCCUAUCAAGACUCUCGAGAGCCCUUGUGCUUGCAGUGGCAGCCUCAAGUAUGCUCACAGAAAAUGUGUUCAGCGUUGGUGCAAUGAAAAGGGAAACAUCAUAUGCGAAAUUUGCCAUCAGCCUUACCAAUCUGGAUACACCGCUCCACCACCUCCUCCUCAGCCUGAAGAAACCACUAUUGACAUUGGUGGAGGAUGGACAAUCUCAGUCACUCCCAUGGGCACACUCCCGGCCGAUGGUUGGUGUGUAUAA